AUGCCUUCAGAUUUGUCAAGUUACUUAGCCUCUAAAUAUCUCGUUGCCGAUCCGAAGCCCAAGAAAAAGAAGCGCAAGCAAACCGCCACAUCCAGCGGCUUGCUCAUUACCGACGACGAUGAUAGUGGUUGGGGUCAAGCAACACAUGGCGACGACGACGACGCCGAAUAUGGCCCCGUCACCGUGACAGGCGCAUCCGCAGAAUUUCGACGCGCAACAAAGAAUAAUUGGAAAACCCUGGGCGGAGACAACGCGACAAAGGACAAGGACGAAACGGCCGCCGCAGACGCCAUCCUAGCUUCCGUCGCCGCCGAGUCUGCCGCCGCGAGAGCCGAAGACGAAGAGAUGCCCCUGGUCGAGGAGGACCCCAGCGUCGUCAAGAUGAGCGACGGCACACACGCGGGCCUGCAGUCCGCGGCCACCGUCUCGGCGCAGUUGCGACGGCGACAGCAGCAGGAGCGCGCCGAGUUUGAGCGACAUCGCAAAAACGCCAAGGAGGAGGAGACGGUCUACCGCGACGCCACCGGCCGGCGGAUAGACAUUUCUAUGAAGCGUGCCGAGGCGCGCCGUGCCGCCGCCGAGGCCGAAGACAAGGAAAGGCUCGCCAAGGAGGCGCUCAAGGGCGAGGUCCAGCAGGAGGAGGCGCGUCGACGCCGCGAGCAGCUGCAGGACGCGAAGCUGAUGCCGCUGGCCCGGAGAGCGGACGACGAGGAAAUGAACAGGGAGCUCAAGGAGAAGGAGCGGUGGAACGACCCGAUGAUGCAGUUCAUGAGCAGCAAGGAGGCGGCAGGCAAGGGCAAGUCGAAACGACGGCCGGUGUACACGGGCGCAGCGCCGCCGAACCGGUACGGCAUCAAGCCCGGCUACCGCUGGGACGGUGUAGACAGAGGCACAGGGUUCGAGGCCGAGCGCUUCAAGGCUCUGAAUAGGACAAAGAGAAAUGAGGGACUCGACUACGCAUGGCAGAUGGACGAGUAA